CUGUACGGGUUUUGGGCGUCAUCCUGUACGUGGCGAGUCAGAGCAGCCUUACACUUUAAGGGCAUUGCGUUUGAGGAGAAAUCAGUAGAUAUUGUUAAGGAGCAAAAACAACUCACAGAUGAAUAUCGGUCUAUCAACCCAUCCCAAAAAGUUCCAGCACUAGUUAUGAAUGGUGAAACGAUUGUAGAGUCGAUGGCAAUAAUACAAUAUCUGGAGGAAAUGCGACCAGAAGUAAGCCUCGUUCCGAAAUCACCAAUUCUGAGGGCUCGUAUGAGGGAAAUUUGUGAGACUAUUGUGAGUGGAAUCCAGCCCCUGCAAAACAUUGGUCUCAAAAGGCAUUUCGAUUCAGAGAAUAAGUUCAAAGAAUUUGCCGAAUACUUUACAACGCGUGGCCUAGAAAGUGUUGAGGAACAGCUCAAAAAAACCGCCGGCCGCUUUUGCAUUGGCGAUCAAAUUACCGUCGCCGACUUAUGUCUUGUACCACAAGUUUAUAACGGGAUUGUGAGACAUAAAAUAAACAUGGAAAAGUUCCCAAUUGUUUCCAAUGUAUACGAGCAUCUUUUGAAAGAAAAAACUUUUAUCGAAACUCAUCCAAAGAACAUCAAAUGA